UACAUCACCUAACUCGUUGACAUGUCAGUCAAUACACCAUUUUGUGUAGAUAGAUGCUUGACGGGAAACAGAAAUGACGAAAGCAAACAGUGUGUUUUUACAAGCAAAAAGCUUGUAAAAACGGUCCACUUGCAGGGUUAGCAUUAGCAGAGAAUACAUGCUAAAGCUAACAUGGCACCCACAUUGUUUAACGUUAUUUGUCCGGGGAGGUAACGUUAUGUUUCUUUCAUACCAUCAAUAUGUCCUGGAUACAUUUAUCAAUAACUCGUGCGGCUAUUUCUUGGGGUAAAAUACCUGUUUUCUUCCUCGGGGAGUUGUCAGCUAAGUUAGCUCACUAGCUAUUGCUUGCUGUUGAGUUAACUAACGUUAAGUCAGCAACGUUGACUUGACAGAAAAAAGAGGAUAAAACAAAGCGAUGUCGCUGUCACCGGGUUCACUUCGCUGCUGCACAUCGGCGCUUUCCUUGUUGUGUCGGGGCCAUUUGGAAAGAAGCAUUCUAGCACAGCCGCGAUUGUCGCUCUGCAUAAGUUAGGCUAACAAAAACAAUAAGCAAGCUAAUACAGCUAGUUCAUAGCUACACGCUAAAAGAACCACCAAUAACACCGCGACGAGGUGUUUAGAGGUAGGAUGUUGCGGCUUCGCUGUAAGACCAAAAAUGGCAGCCACAUAAUGCAGGGCUUGACUCAUCAGUCCUGCGUGCAAGAGCUGAAGAGCAUGGUGGAGGAGCUGACCGGUAUCCCAUGUGACGUGCAGAAGAUCAUGGUCGGUUACCCGCCCUCCAGCCUCGACCUUCAAAAUGGGGACGCUCACCUCAAGGACUACCCCAUCAAAUCAGGAGACACACUCAUAGUCGAGGAAGAAAAAAACAAGCCAAAGCCCCCUCAGGACCCCCCCCCUGUGACGAAACGCCCCCUCCCGGAAGCCUCGCCCACGCUGGCGCGUCGGGUGGUCCCGGCGGACAACUCCUGCCUCUUCACCAGCGUGUACUACGUGGUGGAAGGCGGCGUGUACGACCCCGCCUGCGCCCCCGAGAUGCGGGGCCUCAUCGCCCAGAUCGUGUCCAGUGACCCCGCGGCGUACUCCGAGGCGGUGCUGGGGAAGACCAACGAGGACUACUGCGCCUGGAUACGGCGGGACGACACCUGGGGCGGCGCCAUCGAGGUGUCCAUCAUGUCCAAGUUCUACCAGUGCGAGAUCUGCGUGGUGGACACGCAGACGGUCCGGGUGGAUCGGUUCGGGGAGGACGCCGGCUACCACAAGCGCGUUCUGCUCAUCUACGACGGCAUCCACUACGACCCGCUGCAGAGGGAGACGCCCGGCUCUGGCGCGCCGCCGCUCACCGUCUUUGCCACCACGGACGACGUGAUCCUGGCGCAGGCCCUGGAGCUGGCGGACGAGGCCCGCCGCAAGCGGCAGUUCACGGACGUCAACCGCUUCGCGCUGCGCUGCAUGGUGUGCCAGACGGGCCUGGUGGGACAGAAGGAGGCCCGCGAGCACGCCAAGGAGACGGGCCACACCAACUUUGGCGAAGUGUGAACGCGGUGGUUUUGUCUUUUGUCUUUGUUGUUGUUGUCGUCGUCCUUCCUGCCUCUCACAAAUACAAACCCGUUCCCCCCCCACCCACCCAAUGCGUGGCAGCAACCUGCCGGCCUGUCUGUCAAUCUGCUCGUGUGAUCCUUCUACCUCACGUUGUCCAGCGGCGUCAGAAGCGCUGCUGCAGCUCGGAUGGGUUCCAAUGCCUUUCGAGUGACACAUUCUUUUGCCCCUCUGAGGCGAUCGCUCGGUUGUGCUGAAGACGAAGCAAAGGACGGGUGGCGUUUCGGCCAAUAGAGAAUACACCAACCUGCCAGCACUCGCUUGUGACUAACUAGACUCAUAAAACACCGGCUGUAGGAUUUAAGAAUCAUUUGCACUUAUUUGAUCCCGCUCACUGUUGUCUUAACACAAAGAAUGACUGUUAUCAUCACUUUGGUUACCUAGCAUGUUUUUUAACUCCCCUUCCUGGUUUGUCAGAAGCUCUUGAACGAAAGUGGUAAUUUGAUUAAUUGUGGAGGUGUGAAGAGUUGAUCAUGUUCAUACUAAACUAGACCGGCCUUUCAUAUGUGAGCUACUCAGAUUGAGGUUAUGCAUUUUACAAUCUAUCAUUUAGCAUUCUGCGAUCCAAAGUUAACUGGUGUUUUUUUUCCCCCUUUUUUGAUGUGAUCUUGUUUAUACAUGACAGUAUUGUAGAAGAGACAAAAAAAAUAAUGGUGCUGAGACAACAUUUUACAGUCCGUGUAGCUCUGUUAUUCUUCAUGGGUACGACAGUAUUUCAGAAGUAUCAUUUUAAUUAUAGCGUGUAAUCGUCAAGUCUCAUCAUGCGGUUAUCUUUUUAAAACAGAUUUUGUUUUAUACUGCUGCAUAUUCUGAAGAGUUGAGGUGUUUGUGAGGUGAAUGAGGCGUUUGGCUCAUCAGCGUCUCUCUCCGCAAUCUAAACUUUUGGGUGUGUACUUGCAGCCUGAAAGUGUUUCUAGUCGGGCUGUAAGGACACGGUGAGCCGGAGGCUGUUGGGUUUACUUUGUAGUGCACGUUGUCCAAGAAACUCCCAACUGACGCCGCUUUGGUUGCGCUGUACGUGUUGCACAUCCGGAGCGUGCUCUCGCGGUGUCUGACACUCACUUUUUUUGGAUUGAAGGAGGCGCUUAGAAUCAUUGGCUUUUACCCGGUGGCCUCGUGUGGUGCCGAGACAGCAUUUCUACUCCGGAGGCCUGAGAUGCAAAAAACGCUAACUAGUGUUUGCGUGAGAUGUUGCUCCAGAGGGGCUGUUUGGAUAUUAACAAAAAUGAAUUACGAUUUAUUGUCCUCAGUUAGCUUCAUUUUAACAGUGAUAAUGGGUCUGUCUGCUUCAGUGACACUAUGAAAUUGCUUUGUUGUCUUUUUUUUUGUAUUCACCAAGUUCUCAAGACUCUUCAAGGACAAUAACAAAGAAUGUUACACACACAGCACUGCAGAUUAACUGGAUUUACUUGAUUUUACACAAUUAAAGGUCAUAGCCCAC